AUCUCCAUUCCGUUUGACCGGCGCUGUAUGAAGAGGUAGGGUGGCGGGACACAGCGUUCAAAACUUCGGGCCUGAAACAACAACAGCUUCCUCAAGACGUCUUGGGCGCGCCAUCUUGGUUCUAUGCUUGGAGUGAGUGUUAAGGAGGCGCAUCGUAGCGACUCGGGGAGGCGGAUUCGUGUCCAAGUCGUAAGACGAAGGAAAGUUAACCCGACUCCGAGCCGACCAGGUAGCGACUUGUUGGUGAGGCGGGGCGUUUAGCAGAGUUGAUACCGCAGAAGUAGGCGCACUUCAGGAGAAAAACAUGGCGGAAGGGACCAGGAUAUGGCUCUUCAGCGUGCUGGCAGUGCUGGGAGUGGUUACAGUAUCCGCGCAAAAUAGCAACUUUACAGAUCUAUGCGAGAGUCCAGUCUUCCCGAAUGGCAUGGUGUUCCAGUCUCUCACGGAAAACAGUCCGGAAAACACGACCAUUGUGGCGAACAUGUCGUUCGCGGGGACGGCAGUCGGUGCUGACCGGACCAUCGAACUAACUCUUAAGGACUCCGGCGACAAGGACUGGGGUCUACUCAUAGAGGAACUUCAACAGCUGAGACUUUCGCUUGGGGGGAAGGUCUUAGACAGAGACGGGGAUGCAGGUAUUCGAGAUCUUAGAUUCACUGUGAAGUGCAUGACUAUAGCGACGAAUGCAAUGGUGGAGAACACUAUCAUUGCGACCAUUCUGGACGAGAAUGACAACGAGCCAACCUUUGUGGGGACGCCAUAUAACCAUGAGGUCAUAGAGCUCACGCCUGUUGGGUCCACCAUUUUCCGGAGAUUGACAGCUGAUGACCCGGAUGGCAACGAGAACGGCAGGGUGUCAUAUCAGAUCCAGGGGCAGAGUGAGUAUUUUGAGAUCCCACUACCGUCAACAGGCGACAUUGUUUUAAAGAAGUCUCUUGAUUACGAGGGUUUCGAAUCCGGAGAGGAGAAGAAAUACCUCAUCCCCAUAGUCGCACAUGAUUUGGCGGCAAACUUAAGCCUGCGGAAGUCGUCCACCACGACCGUGACCAUCAUCGUGACGGACGGAGACGACCAGGCGGUCCAGUUCCUGCCCUGCAUCCCGCAGGGGGACAUUUGCGGCAGCCCGCUGUACGUCUCGUCUGUCAUGGAGAUCACAGAACCGCUGAACCAGCCCCUGACCUUCGACCCAGCACCUGUAUUUGCCGUUGACCUUGACACGGACGUCCAAGGACCUCCUGGCAUCGUCUACAGCUUUUUAGCAGGCUCUCCAAGUAAUUUCCGGGACUACUUUGACAUAGACGGGCCGACAGGGAACAUCUCGCUGAAGCGACCGGUGGAGAGGACGCAAGUAGAGGAGUUCAUCAUCACGGUCAAGGCGGAGCAGGAUGACAACCCCCUGCGUUACGCCACAGCUGACGUCAAGAUUGGUGUAGAGGAUGAUGACGUCAACAAGCCGUACUUCUUCAUCUCCACCGGGGAGGCAGAGUUCAAAGGUUAUGUGCGAGAGUUCACAGGUCAAGCCGUCAUCGUCUUCAAAUAUGACGAGUCACCUCUGCUGUUGGAGGUCAGGGAUGACGACUUCACUGACAAGGUGGUUCCCGAGGGAGCCCUACGCUACGAGCUGACAGACACUAGCGGCAGAUUCGACGUCACAGAUACGGGCUACCUCAUCGUGGACGCCAACCAGUUGGACAUAGACACCCAGAGGGAGUACCGCAUGACGGUGAGAGCUGUCGAGACAACCACAUUUCAGAAGCUGUCUACUGACGACGCGACCGUAGUGGUCACAGUUCUCAAUGGAACAGAGGAAGGACACUGGGACGACUGGUCUCCAUGGAGCCCGUGCAACAAAGAUUGUGACGGCAUACAAACCAGAAAUCGCACGUGCCGUCGGGUUCCUUGUGCCGGGGAUAGCAAAGAUUUCCGCCCUUGUAGCGUUCCAGACGGGUGUACAGAACCUGUCCCACAACCCCCUGCGCAGCAAACAUCCAAUGAGGACAAGCAACUCCUGUACAUCAUCGGUGGGAUUCUGGGAUUUCUGUUGCUCGUCGCCAUCGUUGCAGUUAUAGUGUUGGGAAGAUACGUCACAAGAGCCAGGAAGAACCGAACAGCUUACGAGCCGAAGGAAGACAAGAUCGAGCCAUGGGUGGACUUGUACUCUUCGAAUGUAACGCAGUUCGAAAACGCAGCCUUCGAACAAGAAUCGGAGACGCCUCAGAUCGCACCCCUGGAAGAGAAGGACCCGCCGUAUCCCACCAUUCCCUGGACGAGCCUGACGGUCGGGGAGACAGUCCAGGAAUAUGGUAGCUUAGGCAGAAUAGCGGAGGGCGUGGUCAACAAGGAGGGCAAGGAAAUCCCGGCUGUCAUCAAUAUUUUGAACGGUGGCGCUUCCGACCAGGACAGCAGGGACUUCAUGAACGAGAUUGACGUCAUGUGUGCAGUGGGCAACAAUAUCAACGUCAUCGGGUUGAUAGGGGGCUGUAGGUAUAAUGGUGAUUUGUACAUAGCGAUGGAGCACGCGCCGUUCGGCAAUCUUCGGGACUUCCUCCGAGACAGCCGGAAGCUGGAGGAGUACGAGUCCAUCCGGAAUGGCGUCAGCCACAUGGGGAACCAGGUGGAGGUGAAGAGGGCCCUGUCCAGUCUCUCGGCCGGGCGGCUGCUGCAGAUCUCCCUGGAUAUCGCUAGGGGGAUGAAGUACCUCGAGGAACAAGGGAUCAUCCACGGCUACCUGUCCGCCAAGACGACUCAGAUCGGCGAGAUGUGGAUCGUCAAGAUCUCCGAGUUCUGGAAGGCACAGGACGAGGCACACAACAACAAACGUCCGGUGAGGUGGGCCGCUCUGGAGUCCAUCAAGACCAACAGGUGUACCCACAAAAGCGAUGUAUGGUCCUUCGCAGUCACACUGCACGAGAUUGUCUCUUUAGGAGGAACCCCCUACCCCGACAAGACCGCUCCUGAAGUCUUCCGUGACCUGUUGGACGGGUACAGGAUGGAGAGGCAGAGUAACUGUGGAGAGGAACUGUACAACAUGAUUCAGCGGGGCUGGAUGGAGAACCCGGAUGCUCGCCCGACCUUCACGGAGAUCGCCGACACCUUGGAGGGUAUGCUCAAGGGCAAGGUCACGCAAUACCUGGACAUGGAUAUGACGGACAAGUUCAAGUUCGCGGAGGUCAGGCCCGAGCUGGAUGACGACACAGUUGCCGACGCGAGCAUCACCGACCCGAACAUUACCGAAGUUGACGUCAUGACCGACGACGGUUACGAGGACGUGAGCAGAGAAAUCAGAGACCCCGUCACGUUUAUCUAAGACUGGGCUGCCAAACAGGGAUUGAAUCAACUUUUGCAUCAUCGAAAUUUACCGUAGAUGUCUUUGGCCGUUCCGGUCUCAUAUUUGCAUGUUUGCUAGCCCUGAUAAUUUAGAAUUUAUCUUCCAUAAUCUUUGAGGAAGGUUUCAGGGUCCAACGUACACAAAAUGAGAUCAUGUAUGGGAAAUGGAUACCCACCAUAAACAACGGCAUCAUUGUGUAUAACUUUUGAGAGAGCAAAAUAGAAGCAGGCAUUAUAUCCUUAACCCUAAGUCUAUCUAAUACGGCCUUUUUUUUCGUUAUAGAAUUGCUAGAUAUAUCUGAGAACUGAAUAUAUUUUCCAAUAUCACCUAACAAUUCUAACAAUAUCCACACAGAAAUUGCAAAUUUAUUUUCGAAACAAAGAAGCUAUUCUUAAUACCACAGUCCUAUGAUAACAUUCUUGUCAGUGAUCAAGACUGAAAUUGAAGAAUUAUUAUCAUUUUGAGCAUUAUUGUGUCUUCAUAGCAAAGGAAAUGUAGAAUUGCCAUUGUAUGUAUGCAAUAUCGACUAACAACUGUAUAGGUACGUUUUGAUUAUAGAUAGUAAAUAUUGCAAAGUUGAUACAGCAAAUCAUGAAUGCUUUAUGUACAUGUGCCUUAAGAUUUGAGACUGCUGGACUAUUACAAUAAAAAAGACUGGAUGUUUUACAAACUAAGGGACACAAAAGCUGACAUGACGUUGUGCAUGUACAGUGUCUUUUACGUACAUGAAUUGCUAUUUGGUAGUAAUACAUUUCAGAAUUAGCAGGACUGACAAGCAAAUGGUUUCAUAAAAUGUAAAGUAUGUACAGUCCUAGGUUUUAUAUCACUAUUUGUAGAGUCGAAACUUUUAUGUAUAUAAACAUUCUAUUGCCCUUAACAAUAUUACUGACGCAAUAUAACAUUGUAUCAUAUCAGUCAAAACAUCUAAGUAUGAAGUAAUUGAUCUGUUUACUACAAGCCCAAAUUUUUAGUAAACAGAUAUUUUUUUACUACAAAUUGAUAUGUUUCCAUGUAGCUAAGGCUCACUUCUUCAGCCAAGCACACCGAGUCAUCUUUACUCUUCUCGAUAUACAUGUUUUUUUUCUUAUCUUUUACGUGCAGAGAUUUGGCGCCUGGCGCCUCCAAAAUUAAAAACACAGGGUUGCCGGUUUUAAAGUCACUGAGCAAAUGAUAAAUUAAUUCAGUAUAAUACGAUUGUACUUAGCACAUUACUUUGUAUUCCUAUGUAUGAUAUCAAGUAUCUAGAGAAGUACUAACAAAGUGUAUCUUACAGGUCGCUAUUAUGCAUAUGGUCCAACAAUAAUACCAGGUUCGGUUGUACUGCAAGACCAGCAAGCACUGUGUGUAAUUUCAAAAGGAACUUUGAAUUUGUAAUUAUGAUACUUCUAAUUUUGCGAGUCAAAUAGCUUUAAACCUUAUAUUCAAGCUUGUCGCUGUAUGUACAUUAAAGUUUUACAUGUCAAU